AUGGCAGAAUCCGUGACAGAAAUACCGGUUAAUAUAGAAGAAAGUAUAAAAGAAACUUUACAUAAUGGAACAACCAAACCUUAUAUGAGUAUAGAAGGGGUGGCGGUCGCGUACUUAAGUUUGGUGGUCAUGGCAAUUUUACCCAUAUUUUUCGGAUCAUUUCGUUCAGUGAAAUAUCUUAAAGAGCAAAAGGAAUCUGGUGAGCGCCCUGAAACAAUGUCCAACCGUGAUGCACUCAUGUUCCCAGUGAUUGCCUCAUGUGCUUUAUUUGGUCUCUACAUAUUCUUCCAGUUCUUCUCCAAAGAGUAUAUAAACCUGCUUCUUACGGGUUACUUCUUUUUCUUAGGAGUAUUGGCACUUAGUCAUUUAUUAAGCCCAAUCAUAUCAGUUAUGAUGCCAGCAUCAGUUUCAAAGGUGCCCUACCACAUAUUAUUUACUCGAGGUGAUCGAGAUGUGGUCAACUAUAAGUUCACCUCUUAUGAUGUCAUAUGUCUGGUUAUUUCAUUUGUCUUCGGCCUCUGGUAUUUACAUAAGAAGCACUGGAUCGCAAACAAUCUGUUUGGUAUUGCAUUUGCAAUCAAUGGAGUAGAGCUUCUGCAACUUAACAAUGUUGUUACUGGCUGUAUUUUAUUGUCUGGACUGUUUUUGUAUGAUAUUUUCUGGGUGUUUGGUACAAACGUGAUGGUCACUGUUGCCAAGUCCUUUGAAGCGCCCAUCAAAUUGGUGUUCCCACAAGAUAUUUUCGUGAAUGGCUUCAAUGCCAGUAACUUUGCCAUGUUGGGUCUGGGAGACAUUGUGGUGCCCGGUAUCUUCAUUGCUCUGCUUUUGCGCUUCGACAAAAGUCUUAAACGCAAUUCAGAGUUCUACUUCAGAGCUACGUUCACAGCCUACAUCGUAGGAUUAUUGGCCACGAUCGUGGUAAUGCACGUGUUUAAACACGCACAACCCGCUUUGCUCUAUCUGGUACCUGCCUGUCUCGCAACACCCCUUACUCUUGCGUUACUCAAAGGAGAUAUCAACGCUUUGUUCAACUAUGAAGACCAAACAGCCAUCGAAGAGAAAGCAGACGCGAGUAAGACAAAGAAAUCUGAAUAA